AUGCAGGUCUUGUUGGAUCCUUCAUCUUUACAGACGUUGCCUAAGGAUGCAGCACGAGAUAUGUUGUUGCUUGAGAAUAAGCUACCCAUGAUGCUUCUUGACAAGCUGGGUUCCAUGUUAAAGCUAGAGAAUAAAAAAGUCAAAUUGCUUGUUUUGAAGUUCACGAACUUUCCUACCAAUGUAAAUGAAGGGUUAACGAAGAAAGACUACUCACACCUUCUAGAUAUGUAUAGGGCGGAAUUGCAGUUUCAGGAGGGGAAUGGACAGAAACUACUUCAGCACAACCACUUGGGAAUGAAACUCGAACACGUGGAAAUGGGUCAUGAAAUUCAGCUAGCCACACGCUUCCAUAAAGCUGGGAUCAAACUCAAGAAAGGGUGUAACCUUACGAAUGUGAAUUUUGAUGAAAACAAAGGUGUGUCGAGCCUCCCGUUCAUCGAAAUGAAUGCUAACAUUGAAUCAAGCUAUUUGAACGUGAUGGUAUUUGAGAAGCUUUUUGGGAUUGAUAACAUAGUAGGCUCUUUCAUCAUCUUGGUGGGUAAUCUACUGGAGAAAGAUAAGGUAGAUUCAUUCUAUCAGCUGGCCAAAGGCAAGUUUUUGGACAUGUCGGGUCACUACCCUUACGUCUACAAUUCAUUGAAUGAGCAUUGUAAAAGGCCAUGGAGAAUAUGGUGGACGACACUAAAAGAUGUCAACUUUCAAAGUCCAUGGACCAUUAUCUCUACUCUUUCUGCUUCGAUCGGUUUUGUGUUCCUUACUAUCCAAACCGUAUACGGAGUGUAUGGCUACUACCUCCCACGUCGAUUUUGA